AGAUCCAGCGCAUUGUACAUUUAACAGAUGAGAAAAUAAGGUUUAAGGUAAAAAAAAAAGAGAUUUCAUGCAGUAACAUCUUUUUUUAAAUAAAUAUGCUUAAAUCCUUUUUUUUCUUGCACAGUUGGUGGUUUAAAGUUGAACGCUUGCUACUGUUGGUAAGCUUAUCUUUGGCCAUCUUCUGCAUAGUCUACCUGGAGUGGUUCUGUAGCAUUGGGGAUUAUGACAAUGAAUACCCACCACUAGCACCCAUCACAACUGCAGUAUUUAUUGCAGCAUCAGGCAGUUUUAACAUUGCUCUGUGGCCUGUGUGGUCUUUCAUCACACCUGUUAUCCUGUUUACCCAGUUCAUGGAGGUAGUAAUGGAUCUCUCCUGGGGUGGCAUUUAUAAGAGGAAAACAAAAUCACCAUUAAGGCUAUGGAAUCAAAUGUUCACUACACAGCAAAUCUGAGUCUGUAAGACUCUACCAUUCUUUAGAAAGAACUAGAAUAGUUAGUUUUGUACCUUUUUGGAUUUAUUUUUAUGUAUUUAUGUACUGU